AAAAGAAGGGACAAAUAAAACCAUCACACAAACAAACCCAUCGCUUAAACCCAACCAAAAACCAAAAACCACCUCACUCAGUUUAACUCUUCCAGAGCCAACAAUGGCGAACCUGAGGACGGCAAUGGACUCUGCCUUCUGGGACUUGAACGUGUCGUCACCUCACACCCUUGAGGGCUCAGCCAAGGCCAUCCCCGGCGACCCAUUUCCUCUCGACGGUGCUCGAGCCAGCCGAGUCCUCAGGAUUCAGCAACUAUCCCUUCUGGGAAAUGGGUUCCCUUUGGGUAUUAUACCUUCUUACUCUCCCACUUCUCACAAGGACUUGGGUUCUUUCUCUCUCCAGUCCCUCUUGCUCAGACCAGCUACCUCUAACUGGUGGCUUGGAUUAAUUGGGCAGUUCCGCCCUAAGAAACUUAUUUCUUCAAUUAAAGCUGAAUUUUCUACUAAUGAUGACAUGGAGUUUCCUACAUUCAAAGAUGUGGCAAAGCAUGUCUUGGACAAGUCACUUUAUUCGUUUGGGUUAUGCACACAGCUUCUUGUGACUCCCUCAUCAUCCAUAAAGUUGAGCACAGAAGGGCAUGGUGAGAAAAAAGGACGCCGCAACAAAUUCAUGCUAUUUCACAAGCUUCCUUACCAUGAUAUUACACUUGAGGCUGCAUGGCCUGAGCUGUUCAUUGACCAUAAGGGACAAUAUUGGGAUGUGCCUGAAUCAAUUUCCUUAGAUCUGUCUUCACUUGUUUCUGAAUCCGGAUUGCGGUACCGCAUUGGUAUACAUAAAAAUAGUGGUCGUCCCCAGGCUGUAAAUUCCAUAGAUGGUGAGGCACCUACUUCCCUAAUGCCUGGAUUGUGUGCAAAGGCUGGUUUUUCAUAUGAAAAGAGCCAAGACCUUUGGAGGCAAAAGGAGACAAAAAAGGAUGUUAUGGUAAAGAAAGACAAGGGUUGGUUUUGGCGGCCAUCGUAUGAUGUACGUCUUAAAGAACCUCAUGCUGCAGUAUCUGGAAUUUUUGGUGGCAGCUGCACAGCCUGGUUUCCGGAUGGUCACAGCCCAGUGGCAGUUGAAUUGAGGGGAGAUGAAGAUAAUUCUACAAGUACUAAGAAGAGAAGCCCAUUUAGUGCUGAUUUUUUCGGCUCAGUCUGCUAUAGUUUCCAGCAUGGAAAAUUUAGAGAGCUUUACGGUGAUCUGACCAGGAUAGAUGCUCGCCUGGAUAUCUGUUCAGCUUCAGCUUUGGCUAAAAGGGUUAUUAAUGGUUUGAAGAGUUCAUCUGCUAAUAGUGCCAGAGAUCCCAUGUCCGCCCCUAGGAUCAAUCUAAUCUUUCAGCAGCAGGUUGCAGGGCCAAUCGUCUUUAGAGUGGAUUCCAGGGUUUCACUCGACUCCUUGCCUGGGAAACGUGGCCCUCAUAUUGAGGAUUUCAUAUACAGCUUGAACUACUCCUUGAGACUUCUACGAUCAGGGAAGGUUGUCGCUUGGUACUCCCCGAAAAGAAAAGAGGGGAUGAUUGAGUUGCGCGUAUUUGAGUUUUAAUUUCUGAAUUUUUAUUUCCUUUCUUUUGGAUAUGUUUGUUUUGAUAAAAUCCCAUUUUUUUAAAAAUGAAAUUAGCUAGACAGUAGAAAGUGAAUGAAGGCUUCCAUAUCUUUUAGUGACUA